CCGAGCAUCAACAGCAUCUCAUCAUUCGCAUCGUAGGCUAUGGACCCCGACGCUCCUACUCUCGAAGUUCCCUCCUCUCCGCCCAUCUGGCGCUGGGUCAUCGGCUUCCUCAUGGUCGGAGCCUGCUGGGGCUUAACAACACCCUUCAUGCGCAAAGCCGCAGUCCUACGAGACGCUGCACCUAAGCCUUCCCGACCCUACCUCACGGACCCAAACGUGCCCUGGAUAAAACGAAAGUUCUUUGGAAUUGCUUACGCCGUGAUUGAUCUACUCAGGAGUCCAAGAUAUGCGAUCCCACUGUUGUUGAACGUCACGGGUAGCAUUUGGUUUUUCUUGUUGAUAGGGCAGGCCGAACUGAGCUUGACAGUUCCCAUCACAAACUCACUGGCAUUCCUGUUCACUGUCUUAGGAGAAUGGUGGGCAGAUGGCAAAGUCAUAUCACGGGACACUUGGCUCGGAAUGGGAUUCGUGUUGGGAGGGAUUGCGUUGUGUGUUCAUUCAAAGACUUCAUAG